UAUCCCUCCACCACUGAGGAAGUAACGACCUAAGUAGACGUGAGUUGCGACCAGAGGUAUCGACGGAGUGAGAUUGAGGAAUCUAACGAGAGCUCAAACCACACGUCCUGUAGGUGGCGAUGUGACGAGCCAAAGAGACGAGUCUCUGCGCCUGGCGACGGAAGACAGAGCAACAUGGUGCACUGACAAAACAUGGAACCAGGGACCUUCGAUGUUCUGCAGCUUGUUCACUUUACCGACAUGUCACUGUUUGUCCAUUUACUCUGAGCAUCUUCCACACACACUCACUUUGUUGUCGGUCGUAAGGAAACCCGGAUCUGCCAUGGAGCCUGCCGUGCACCGGGUUUGGCCGAGGGUCCUCCAGCGCCUCCUCCGCCGAACCCCGAUCCUUCCAAAGAGGAGCCACUCGGGUUGUGCUGAGCACAACGCCGCUCCUGCCUCCGCUCGCUCCAGACACGUCAGACCCGCGCUCCUGGUGUCACGCCUCUACCAGCCGUCGAGCCUGCGCGAUGUGGGCCAGGACACCCGACUGCAAGGAGAGAUGACUUGUAAGAGCCAGAGGCUCAUGCAGCAGGCUGGGCUCAUCCAUCCAUCCAGCCCAGGGUGUUACUACUACCUCCCAGCCACUGUCCGCUCCAUGGAGAAGCUGGUGAGAGUAAUUGACCAAGAGAUGCAGGGGAUCGGUGGGCAGAAGCUGGACAUGCCCAGUUUGUGCUCGGCCGAUCUGUGGAAGACCAGUGAGCGCUGGGACCUGAUGGGAAAGGAGCUGAUCCGUCUGAAAGACCGCCACGGAGUCGACUACUGUCUGGGUCCCACGCAUGAGGAGGCAGUGACGACUCUGGUUGCUCACCAGGCGAAUCUCUCCUACAGGCAGCUCCCGUUGCUUCUUUACCAGAUCACCCGCAAAUUCAGGGACGAGCCGAAGCCAAAGUUCGGUCUUCUCCGAGGGCGGGAGUUCUACAUGAAGGACAUGUAUUCCUUCGACGUGAGUGAGGAAGAAGCUCACCAGACUUAUGAAUCUGUGUGCCAAGCGUACGCCCGACUCUUCUCCAGACUGGGCCUCCGUUGCGUUCAAGUGCAAGCGGACGCGGGAAAUAUCGGCGGUACACUCUCCCAUGAGUUCCAGCUGCCUUCAGACAUCGGCGAGGACCGGCUUCUGGUCUGUGGGAGCUGCUCCUUUUCUGCCAAUGUGGAGACCAUGUCAUCAGACAGAAGUGUCUGCCCACAGUGUGAAACUGGCACACUGGUAGAAUCAAAGGGUAUCGAGGUCGGUCACACCUUCUACCUGGGGAAAAAAUACUCUCAAGUAUUCAACGCCAACUUCAGCAAUGCCCAGAACAAGCCCAGUAUCGCUGAAAUGGGCUGCUAUGGUCUCGGAGUGACCCGUAUUCUUGCUGCAGCCAUUGAGGUGAUGUCAACGGAGGAGGGGAUCCGCUGGCCCGGGCUCAUCGCCCCUUACCAGAUUUGUGUUUUACCCCCAAAGAAGGGCAGUAAAGUGGAUGAGGUGGCGGCCCUGGCGGACGACCUGGUUCACGCCUUGGGAGAGGCCCUGCCGCAUUUGAGAGGUGAAGUGGUUCUUGACGACCGUACACAGAUGACUAUCGGAAAGAGGCUUAAGGACGCCAGCAAACUGGGCUACCCGUAUGUUGUUGUGGUGGGUCAGGGGGCUCUAGAGGACACGCCCAGGUUUGAGGUGAUCUGUCAGCAGACGGGUGAGACCAUGUUUCUCAGUAAAGAUGGACUGUUGAAUCUAGUGGGCCGAGUGGAAACUGUGUGAAUCACAACUUUGAAUGUAUUGUAUUUUGUUUUUUUGUGUGAUCAUGUAACCGGUGAGGUGGUGGGGACUGAAGAUAAAAGCCUUUUUUUGGGGGGACUGGAAUAUGCUUUUAUUUUACAAAAGUUUAAAAAACCUAUAAUACUUGACAUUGCUGAUUGACAAAUAUGUUGCUGUCACAACAAAAGCUAUGUAAUGGACUUGUCAGUUUACUGCUUUGUGGCGUCUCAUGUUCCUGUGCCAAUAAAAACACAAGACCACACGUGGAAGAUAAAAAUUA